CCCCUACCCUCCCCCUCGUUGUAACAACCUUAAGUGUUUUUCCUUCUCAGUUCGUUUUGUUCCACCGCUGCAAACCACGACACGUCCCCGGACCGGAGAGCUUGUUUGGAUAUGGGAAGGACUAUUCAACUUGCCCCCUAUGAAUUUAUAAAAAGUUGCUUUGCUGUUUCGAUUCGCCUAUUUGGAAGCCAUUUAUGCAGAUAAGAGAGAAUGGGUUGCUGUUCAGGACGAUGUAUGCUGAUCUUCCUCUGCACUCUCCAAGUGAUGACAGCAUUGGAGAGGCAGGCUUUUGACUUCCUUGGUUACCAGUGGGCUCCCAUCAUGGUCAACUUCCUGCAAAUAAUCAUGGUUAUCCUCAGCCUCUUUGGAACCAUCCAGUACAGGCCACGCUACGUUGUUCUAUACCUGCUGUGGACAUUACUGUGGGUGGCCUGGAAUGUCUUUGUGUGCUGUUUCUAUUUGGACCUGGGAGGCCUUUCCAAGGAGAGCGACCUGCUAUCCCUGGGUGUAUCCUCACACCUUUCAUGGUGGAAAGACAACGGGCCAGGCUGUGAUGACAGGGACCUUCCUGCCACUAGGUGGCAGAGUCUGGAGAGCCCAGAACUCAUCUAUGCUCUGGGAUGCUGGCUGGAAUACCAAUACAUAGAGGUCCUACAUUGUAUCAUACAACUCCUAAUCUCUCUCUUGGGAUUCGUCUAUGCCUGCUAUAUGGUCAGCACCUUCACUGAGGAGGAGGACAGCUUUAAUUUCAUUGGUGGGGUCCAUUACCCAUCUAAAACAUCGCCGCUGUAUUUAUAGUGUACAAUUGGGCUACUAUAAGUAAAGGCUUGCAAGUGGGUUGAAAAUGACUGACAAGCAAGGAGGGCAGAAGAGGAACGAGUGAGUGAAAUACCUACUUUGGAAGAGUGAAAUCACAUCUCCAGUCACUGAAACAGAAGACAUUCCCACACUGCACAAAAACAUAAUUCCUCAGCCUCCCGGGCACUCUUAAUGCAUACUAGCCUACACCAACAGUUCAGUGCAGUUAUGGUCAAUACUAGCCUGGUCCCAGGUCAGUUUGUGCUUUUGCCUACUCCAUUUUCAUUGUCAAGCUGUUUGGCAUGACAAUUCCAUAAGUAGUUGGCAAGAGAGGAGAAACAACAGAGUGGCACCCUGCGGGCUAUACAGUAGGUCAGUACAGGUACAAUCAGAAAACUACUGAUACUUCUGACAUAACAUGUAUCAGUGUACAGGGAAUGGUAUGUGUUGUAUUUUUGGUAUUUGGAAUUUUAUUAGGAUCCCCAUUAGCUGUUGUAAAAGCAGCAGCUACUCUUCCUGGGGUCCACACAAAACAUGAAACAUAAUGCAGAAUGACAUAAUA